AUUGCAGCCACCAGCCAUGCUGAAACUUUGAAUGGCUGCCUGCUUUUCCCUCAACCAAGCUUGCAAGCUCUGCAUUCCCAGCAGAAGGAUGGCGUGAAGAGUAAUGGAAAAAAUCCACAGUGAAUGACCUGGAGCACAAAGAGACCAAUAUCCUGGAACCUUUUGUUUCUUUUUAGUUGAAGGCUUGCUAUUAAAGAAAUUUUAAUUUUUUUUAAGUCUUUGAAUUGUUUUUAAUGUUUUUAAAAAAGAAAAGGAAAUAAAAACAAAGUCGUUCAUAGAAAGUUGGAAGGUUCUCCACCAUCUCCUCAAGGUUCAGUGCUGGAAGACGUCUUGUUAUCUUGAGAGUUACAUUUUCCUGAGAUUUAAUAUUGGCAGGGAUUUUGAGGUCUGGAAUCAUUUUUUUAAGCUUUUUUAAUCUUGGCUGGUCCUUGGCUACUCGCAGAUUUCUUUGGAUGGGCUAACAGAAGCAGUCGAUAGCUAUUCAGAAGAUAUUUAGAAGAGUACGUAUUUUUGGCAUUGGUUGGUUCACUGUUUAAGAUGUUGGUUUCUGGCUUUAUCUUUCUGGCUGGCGUGGUUGGUCUUCUAAAAGGAUGCCAGUUACCCCAAGACUGGAGACCACAAACAGAAGCUUGCAGGGCAGAACUGGUGGAAACUAUAAUGUUUGCCAAAGUACUAGCAAUUCACAAGGACAGUUACAGUGUGUACAACUACUUGCCCUGGCAAUAUGACUCGGACCUCUUCUACUCUGCGGAAAUUGAGCUGGUCUGCGACCAAGGCUGGGGGAGCAUGCUUGAGGUUCCUGCUGGUUCCAGGCUUAAUAUAACAGGACUGGGCUAUUUUCCCUGCCACUCGUACACUGUGAUGGAAAAUAAUUCCUAUUACUUCUUUUUAAGGAUGGAUGAAAAUUACAACCUUCUUCCACAUGGGGUGAAUUUUCAGGAUGCCAUUUUCUCAGACACUCCAGAAAACCACCGCAUGUUCGCCAGUCUUUUCCAGUUCUCAAACUGUUCCAUUGGAGUUGAUCCUCAAAUCUACACUCCGGACUGGGAAGUACAAGAAGACCACAGGUUGCUUUGUAGCACAGUACAGAAAGCCCUUCUGGAGGAAGAGGAACGUGUGAAGAACCUGUCUCAAAAAGUGCGGAUACUGGAGAAAGCCAAUGGACAUCUGAGAGAGAAAGUGAAGAACCUCAAGCGCUCUUUGCGUCAGGCUAGCAUGGAGAAUAAGAAAGAGGCUAAGAAACUGGAGAAACUGGAGAAGGAAAAAAGUAUUGCCCAAGGUGCAUCAAAGCAGGACAACCACAAGAAGGUUCAAGCUAGACCAGCCAAUAAACAGACAGGAAACAAACUGGAUUAGGCUUUGAUUAUGGAUGACCAUAGAUGGAACAAGGCUAGUUUUAAAGGGUUGUAAAAAGAUCAGAAGUGCUUAACCCAGUUUUCUAGUUCAAAACGGAUCCGAUCAUAAAAUAUUUAGUUUUUACAUGUAAAUAAUAGGGUUUAUUCACUAAUCUGGGGAUUGUGAAGAGAUUCAUUGAAGACCAAAAUAGCCAAAUUACAAAAAUCCUCCAUGUCUGCUAUUUUUCCAGCUUGACUCUUUUGGCCUAAGAUUCCCUUAGUUAAUUCUCCACAAUUUCUGUUUUAGUUAAAAAAAAUCCUUUUAUAUAACAGGGUAGUUUUAUACGUACAUUUUUUUGUAUUUAAGGUGCUUUUUAUGUUGUUUUCUUUUGAGCCACUUUCAUUUUAUCUUGCUGUGGUACUGUUCUAUGGAUGUUUCUUUUCAGGAGUACGCUAGAUCGUCAGGCGCUACAUACAGCAAAGACUUUUCUGAAAAGAUUUAGGCCCAUAUACUGUUUAAAACAAAUUAGUAACAUAAUUUAAUGCAUGAUUUCAAUGUUUUUAACAGAGAAAAAUAGGAGGU